UAUUUAUACUAUUAUACUUUAAAAACGUAUAUUACAUGAUAUAAUAAACUUUAUUUAUUAUAUCAAGGUACCUAUAUUAUUAAUCUUAGUCUAUAUUGUCGUGGUCAUAUUAUUUACAAAUUUAAUACAUUUUAAAAAGAUUGAGAUUAAGUUCUGGAUAAGAUUAAAGACAUCUUUAUAUAUAGUUCUUAACAUGUUUAAGGUGUGAAAUCAAGAUUCACCAAACAACAACUGCUGUUGUAUAGUAUUUAACUUAAAUAAUUUAUUGUUUUUGUUAAUGUUUUAAUACGAUAACAAUAUUAGAAAAUGCAAUGAGUAAAGAAAAGUUUUCAGAUAGUGUAUCUGUACUUUUAGAACUUCUAGAAGUAUCAAUUCAUUGUAUACUAUAUGCAAGAAAAAUAUAUCCUGAAGGUAUUUUUGAACUAAAGAAGAAAUACAGUGUGCCUGUGCAUGUUUCUAUUUAUCCUGAGUUAAAUUCCUAUAUAAAUAGUACACUCAAUGCUGUAAAAAGUCUAUUGAAAUUAAAAAAAUUGUGCAAAUUGGAUGUAUGUUUUUAUAACAAGGUUGGAGUUAUAGUUGAACGAUUUGUAUUUAACAUUCGUAAUGUUGAACUUGAAUUGGAUUUAUCAGAUUUUUCGAAUAUAAGAGAUCCAUAUUUAGUAAAGUUAGAACAAAUGUUGAGAGCUUUCUGUUUAAAAUUAACAGUUUGUGAUUCUCUCUUGAAACCUUUACCUACAAGUUGUACAUUUCAGAUUCACAUUCAUACAACUGAAACAAACUCUAUUGAAAUUCAAAAGGAUACAGAAGAAUUUCCAUUAAUACCUAGUGAAAAUAAGGAUACAAUUAUAACAUCACCUGCAAUAGUACCAUUGCGUAGUAUUGACUGUGAACAUUUAAAUUUAGAAAUCUAUGCUGAAGAAGGAAAUAAAGAUGAAGACCCAGAUUUAUUUACACCAAGUCCGUUAAUUUAAAUUCGCUCAAUAUCAAUGUUGAAUUUGAUAUUAACAAUAUGUUGUUCUUAUAUCAACCUUCACUGACAAACAUUAUUAUAAUUAUAAGGUUAUUAUAGAGACCAUACGGGUCUAACUAUAUUAAAUUUCACAAUUUAUUUAGUAAUAUAUUUUAUGUAUUAUAUGUA